AUGGCACAUCCAGAGGUUGGUUUUACCGCCAGCGGGAUGAAGGCUCCAGUUCCAACAAGCCCGAUACGGAGGUCGCUGAUUUUAGAUCUGCAAACUUCACCGAAGAAGCCACCUCAUCCCAAUACAUCUAGUGCAAGCACUAGACUUAUGGUCCACAAAGAUACCCAUUUGAAGUCAUGCUUGUCGUUGAAUAGUGAUAUUGGAGACAAUACUCCUGGACUUGGAAACCAAAUACAACAUCCUUCAUUCAUAGUUCAUGACGACAUUGUCAGUCCAAAUAAACACGGCCUUUUGGGUUUGAACCUGAAACGUGUAGUUACACCUGCUAAUGACGAAGAAUAUGCUCAUUCACAUCUGGCUUUGGACUCCACAUUGAUGGAGAAUAAUAACAGUUCAGUUUCCAGUUUAAACUCACCACCUUCGUACGCUAAUGAGAAGUCGCCUAAAAUUGGUAUUGAUCCUGUUAUUAUGAGUAGUGAUGGUGCUCCAUCAUCAUCAACUUCUUCACCAGGAACUAAUUACAGCGGUGCUUUGAAAUCCAAUAGUAUUCUUAACUCAUUGGAUAGAAAUAAAAGUCCCAUUAGUUUGAGUGAAAGAUUAGAGGAAGGCUUUCAGAAGUUACAUUUGCUUAUAGGUAUAACAGGAUGUUUGGCUGCUCGUAAAAAUAUGUUUCUUUUAAUUGAAAAAUUAUUUGAACUAUAUACUCAUGAGAAAUUGGAAAUCCAAAUUAUACUUACCGAAACAGCCGAACUUAUCUUGAAAGAGAAGCUUCCUAAAUUUGAAAGUUUAGGAGUAAAAAUCUGGUACUUUGAUGAUAGUAAACAUUAUUAUCAGGCUAGUAAAGCCAAAGCAAAGAAGCAAGAACUUGUAAGAUGUGCAGAUCUGAACCAGAAAGAACCUCCUAAAUUUCUUAGCUCUAGUUUAUUGACUCAGUAUUCUUUAGCCUACAAUUUGCAGAGAUGGACUGAUGUCUUAUUAAUUGCUCCUUUAUCAGCAAACAUGAUGGCUAAAUUGAUAAAUGGACUCAGUGAUGAUCUUCUCACUGAAGUACUUCAUUUAUGGCCAGCUCCAUUACCUCCAUCACAAGGAGUUCCCAGGGUAACUUCUCCCAAAGACAUGACUGUUUUAUCCAAUGACCAGUUACUGCCCAAACCAAUUAUUGCCGCCCUAGCCUUAACUGGAGCAAUGUACGCACAUCCUAUUACCAAAAGGCAGUUAAUUCUUUUACAAGAGACAUAUCCUAAUAUGAGUAUAUUGAAGCCAGUGGAAAAGUAUGUGGAUGUUGAUGGUAAGAUCACUAUGGGAGGAAUGAGAGCAUGGAGAGAAGUUGUUACCUUUGUUAUGCAAAAACUUGGACCACCAGUUGAGAAUGAGGAUGACGAGGAGGACGAAGAAGAAAAUGCGGACAAAGAGGACGAAGAUGACGAUAAUGAAGACGAGAUCAAUAAUUCAAUAGGAGACAAAGAAAUUGAUGAAGAAGCUGAAGGCGAGUAUCAUGAUUAUGAUGAAGAUAUAGAUGAAGAAGAAAGGAAGAAAGCUAAUGGUAAGUAG